AUGGCCGGGCGAUAUAUCCCACCACAUCUGCGGAACAAGCAAGCCUCUGCGCCUGACGCUGGAGCUCCGAAUCCGGGCCAAACUAACCUAGCAGCGACCCGGCGACGCAGCGCUCCGACCUUAGGAAAUGAAGGCCUGACGUUGAGAGAAAUCCACGCGUAUUUCUGGAAAGACGAGGAUACACCUGACAGCACUCACAACACGACGCUACACUCUUCGUCCGAGAACCCUAAUGGCUUAGCGUGGGUCUUGCUGUUCGCGGGAGCGAAUCCGAAAUGGGAUAGCGAUGGCGUCAUCUUCGUGAAGAGCAACCUGGACGUGCUUCCUACGAUUCAAUCGUCUGCUGGAGUACUUCAGAAGAGCGGGAGCGGAGAUCGCAGUGUCAAGCCUGAGGACAUCUCAGCACAUCCGGAAGACUCCCUUUCUCAUGUCCGCGAUGCGCACACCGAGAGCGACGAAGUCGCAGGCAAGACCGGCAAGGAAGAUAUUUCUACCAGCUCAGGCCUUUCCUCAGUGACCCCCGCGGAAGGCAUCCCAAUCGACCAUCCUCCCAUUGCUGUCUUUUCACAACCACAUCGGAUGCGCAGCGGUAGAUGCUGGAGGUUUGUCGGAUGGUACAAGAUUUCUCAUCUCGAGCUCAUUGCUCCGCAUUCCGAGGGCUUGGUCCGCAUGCUUUCCAAGAAGUGGGAGACUGUCGAUAAGUACGGACGCGUCCAGCAGCGACGUAGGGACGCAAAAGGAUGGGAGGAGAGCAUGGCUCAUAAGUGGGCUGUGAUUAAGAUGGAGAAAGAUGUGGAGGCCAUGCAAGAGAAAGGGGAGCCCAAGAUCGAGAGGAUUGAGGAGGAUGAAGAGGGGGGUGGUGUGAGCCUCGAUGGCCAGGGUAGCGUUGCGAAGAACGUCAACGAGAUACUGGCAGAGCUUAGGAUCAAGGACCAAGCAAAGUCUGCCUUGGAUAGCCAGCAUUUGAACAAGUAG